UUUCUUUCUUUUUCGCUCAUUGAAUCCUUUUUUUUUUUCGUUUUUAGCCUUUUUUUUUUUGUUCGUGUUGUUAGUGGGUGGUGCACGGGUGCUCCACCGGGACCCAUCUUAGACAUGGGGUACUUCCCACCAGUUCACCAGUCUGACUAGGUUUAAGCUUAGACGAAAGCUCAUCGUGUCAAAAGCAUUGUGAAGAACACGAGGUACAAGAGGAGAGUGGACCCUUAUUCUUGCUAAACUGACACCGCCUUCUUGCUCUAAGAAUAGGACUUGGGCCCACGCAAACCACGUUUGACGGUUAGCUUAUCGGUUAUGGAGUGCUUAGAACGUGGACUGUGAAUGUGUAAGGUGUAAGCGUAUGGACUGUGAGUAAGCGUAUGGACUGUAAGGGUGUGGGCAUGGACUGUAAGGGUGUGGGCAUGGUAAGGGUGUGGGUGGUGCACUAAUUAGAUCGAUAAAUUUUAAAGCAAGCAUCUUUGUUGACCGGGUAGAUAGCGAUGAGAUUUCAUUUGGUGGUGCUUGCAUUGGGGGUGGUGUUCUAUUGCUUGUAUAGGAAACACGAAGAGCAAGCGGAUCUGAUUGCAGAAGUAGUUGAAGAUGGUGCUUUUGUUUAUCAGCCAGACGGUAUUUUAGAGUAUAUUGAGCAGUCACUUCCAGGUAUAUUGGCUAAUCCUUUGGUGAUAAAUAAGAAUGCUCUGACGAAUUUACAAAAUGCUACAUUUUUGGUGCUUUGUCGUAAUCAGGAUGUUUAUGAAUUAUUGGAAACCAUCCAGAGUGUGCAAGAUCGGUUCAACCACCGUUACGGGUACGAUUGGACUUUUUUAAAUGAUAAACCUUUCAGUGUUGACUUUGUUAACACGAUUGUGGAUUACAUUCCUCGGGGUCGGCUCAAUUUUGGCCAGAUCCCUCCGGAACAAUGGUCCUAUCCAGAUUGGGUCAACCAAACAUUUGCAGCUGAACAGCGGGAAUCGAUGGCUAAUGAAAAUGUUCUUUAUGCUUUGAGUGAAUCUUAUCGUUUUAUGUGUAGAUAUUAUCUGGGAUUUUUCUAUCGGCAUGAAUUGGUUGCCAAAUAUCAGUAUUAUUGGAGAUUAGAACCGGGAAUUAAACUCUAUUGUGAUAUAAAUUAUGAUGUUUUCCAAUUCAUGAAGCUGAAUAAUAAAAAAUAUGGUUUUACAAUGACAAUCUUUGAAUAUUCCAAAACAAUUCCUUCUUUAUGGUUUCAUUUUAAACAAUUCAUUAAAGAAAAUAUCGACUACAAUCCUCCCCUCUUGGAAUUUGUUCAAAAUGACGAUACAUUAACCUCUUAUAAUGAAUGCCAUUUUUGGUCAAAUUUUGAAAUUGCCGAUUUAUCAAUCUUUGAUAAUGAUCAAUAUAAUCAUUUUUUCAAUUAUCUAGAUCAAACAGGAGGGUUUUUCUAUGAAAGAUGGGGCGAUGCCCCGAUCCAUUCUUUGGCAAUUCUGUUAUUUCUAACUCCAAAUGAUCUUUGGUGGUUUGGUGAUAUUGGCUAUUAUCAUGCUCCUUAUCUACAAUGUCCUCAACUGGCUCAACUCCGUUUGCAAAAUAAAUGUAGUUGCAACCCAAACGAAGACUUCACCGACAGUUUCUUGAGUUGCACCCGUCAUAUUCUAGAUAUAAUCAACUCAUACUAGCUUUAAAUAGACAUAGUGUACCUAUAUAACAAUAGCAUAAUCAGCGGA